AUGCUCUCCUGUGGUCACAAAGCACUGACGUUGCCUGUGAUUGCAUCUCUGGCUCUCAGCGGUGCCGGCCACACGAGUGUCGACAGGAGCCACUGUGGCAGUGUUCUUGUGAGAAGGAACAUGGCGGCAGCAUCCUCUACGGCAACCUCGGCAAAUGUGGAGGCAGAGGUGCACCCCUCCGACAGCGAGGAAAUCAUGAAGAACUACACGGAGGAGGAGAUCCGAGCCUAUGAUGAGGCAGCUCCGCGCACCCCGAAUGGCACACCACUGCCGAGAGGACCACCCCCUCCUACCGACCUUCGUCUGCUUCAGCCUGUGGCCUUCCGUGUGGCGAAUGCAGUGUCGCAGGCCAUGGCCGAGGAGGGCGUCGAGAUCAAACAAGUGCUGGCGCUGAUCCCGGAAAGCUACCGGACGAUGGACAGUCUGGUGAUUAAGUUCCAGCCCCUCACAGCAAACUGGGCGGACCACCCGAACAUCCUGAUCACCAACCCCAGCGAGGAUGAGGUCGAGGCGGAUGUUGAGGAGGCCACAGGGACCGUGGAGACCGUGAACCCCGCAGGUGACGAGGAGGAGGCCUUGGAGGGCGAAACGAACAUGGAGAAGCUCCAUAGGCUGGCCGGGGCAGGUGCUGAGGGUGAGGUGGCACGCAUGAUCAUAGCUGCCAUGGACAGGGAGGGAAGAUCCCUCAUGAGCAACGAAGAGACUACGCUCCUGGGUUCGGUUAUCCCACAGAGCCACAUGUCCGCGGCGGCAGAUGAAGAUGACGAAGAAGCAGGCACCAGAGACUCAGGAGAGGCUGGCUCGGCUUCCACAUCGGUGUCGGGCCUUUCAGCAACGGCGGCGCACGCAGUGGCCACGGCACCAUGGAGGGGCAACACGCGUGUGGCCUCUACCCCGUCUGGCUCCAACAGGAAGCUCGGGACUCAAUCGGCAAUGCUGUUUUGCAAAUUGCAGUUGCUGAACAAUAAACAUCCCUACCUCCGCUUAGGCGUCGCCGAACCUCAUAGCCUGAGUAGCUCCCACCCAAAGGGUAGAAUUGUGCUCUGGGCAUCCAUGCCUUAUGGUUGUGGCUGUACAUUGGCUCUUCGAGCCCUUCGAAUCUACUCGACCUGUGGGCACACGCCGGGGAAAACAAUUGCGUCACUCGAGAUUGAGAUUUUGUACGGUGAAUGCACUCCUUGCAAUAUGCAAUCAGACUAUUCUGGGCUGGCCAGGUACGUGACCGACCUCUUCUCUGAGAAUAUGGCGGGUGACUUACAGUGUUACAGUGAAACAGCGAAACACAUGCAUCGAACUCACACAAACACUGUGGUCUCCAGGAUUCUAACGAACCACCUGCUGCUCUUCCUGGCGGUCACACAAAUGGUCUCGACCUUGACUACCAUCUGUCUGUUGCUCUACCUUGCAAAGAUCUCUGCAAUGAAUCACACUGGCAGCUCAGGUAAAGAUUCUCCUCCUUCCAAAAGGGCUCGCAGCCGCGCCGGUCCCAAGUCCGGCGGUGUCUGUGGCAGGCUAGCAACCAGAUUUCUACUUCGUACAUUGAUGUUGUGCAUGCUAGCUCAGACAGUCAGAUCCACAGGCACAGACGCGAGGGUUGAUGCUGUGUCCACGACGGCAUCUGGAACUGACAGGUAUGACCUGCCGGUGAAGCACAGUGGAGCACAGAGGACCAUCGGGUCCGAAACUCAGCCACGACCCUUGAAAAUAGGCAAGCGCACCUACAACAGGGCAUAUGCGCGGGCAGUACGCAUGGGAGGAACGCCCUUUCGGGGCAAAUGGCGACCACUGGAGUGGUUUACUCCCAGGCACAUUUUUCCGCAGUAUGUUGGCAAAACCAAGUCGGAGACCACUACGGCACAUUCGAUGAGGGUACUGUCGUGGAACUCAGGAGGCCUCACCAUGGAAGUCUUCCAGGAGUUGCAAACAUUUGCGACCGCAGGAGACUACGACCUGAUCCUUGUUCAGGAGACAAAAUGGCGACAUGAUUCAACAUGGUCCACGGACGCUUUUCACUUCAUACACAGCCAGGGCCACAACAAAGAGGACAAGGUGGCUGGACUGUUAGUCAUGGUGGCGGUUAAACACACCAAGGCCGGGGACAUCCAACACAGUGCACUGCAUCAUGGCCGUCUUCUACACGUGAGGUUCCCGAAAGGCCAGACUCACAUUGACAUUCUCAACUAUUAUCAUAUUGACAAUGAAGGUGUGUACGAAAACAGGCACAAAUUGUUGACCAAGCUGCAGAGGACUGUGGCCGGACUGCCGGCACGCAACACGUUGCUCCUGGCAGGAGAUUUUAACUGCCCCUUCGAGCCAAAUGCGGCACAUUGUGGUCGCUGUGUUUUGCCUCAUAACACCUUGCAUUACAAGGACUUCCGUGACCACCAACAUGUCGUCGAGGCCCUUCACCUUUGUGUGUUGAACUCAUGGAGCAACCCACGACAUGGGCAACUGGCCACGUUCACCUUUGGCAAACUUGCUUCGCAGAUUGACUAUGUGAUGAUGCGGAAAACGCAGGCGACCCCACUGGCGCGCAGAGCUCAGGUUUUAGCCAAUUUUCCUGUGGCGGCGUGGAGGGAGGGUGCAAAUCACCACCCGGUCGAAGCAUACCUUCAGGUUCCACGGAAUGUUCGACAUCUACAUACCAAGUCGGUACCUCAACCUGCGCGAUUUGAUAAAGAACAGCUACAGCAAGACCUGCAGAUGGAACCAACUCCAGCCUUGCUAGCUCUACGAGAAGAGGCGGCUGCUCGUAUUCAGGGUGCAGAGGAUGCAAACAAAGUACUACUUGAGGCGGCGAUCAAGCACUACCCGACCCCUCCACGACCCCAAACACCACCAUCUCAGCCGGCAGCCUUAGCUAACUGCGCGAAGCAUACGUGGGCCAUCUUCAGACAGAUGAAAGCUCAAAAACGCACAGCCAAGGGAGUACUGACUGCCUGGCAUCUGUGGACCAGAUUUCAGCAGGCUCAUAAAGUGCACAAACAACGCUCCAGGCGUCGUACGCGAGACAAAAGAGAUGAACUUCUUGCGCAGGCGCAACAAGCAGCCGAGAAGGGCAACACUUUCGGCCUGUGGAAAGUGGUGAAGCAGCUGGCUCCCAAGGCUCCACGCAGGCGCUUACAACUACAUAGGGACGGAUGUAUCUUGAACACAGCCGACGAACUUGCAUGGAUCGUACAGGCCUUCGGAGAUCGCUACGGAAUGGGCACGAAUGACAAAGGAUGGGAGCCUCAAGGACAUGCUGCUCCGUACCCCCUGGUACAAGCCUCGGAACUUGCACACCUUCUAAGUCACCUCAAUGUGCGGAAGGCGGUUCCUCGUGACUCGGCACCGGCUCUCCUCUGGAAGGCCUGUGGUGCCCAUGUUGCAAACAUCAUAGCAGACGAUGUUAGCUCGCAAUGGCUGCAAACACCCACCAAAGUGGAUAACAGAUGGUCAGAUGCUGAAGUAGCACUCUUGGUUAAAGCUCAUGGUCGCAUGAAUACUCCACUUGAUCUUCGACCUAUUGGUCUUCAGGAUCCACUGGGGAAAGGCAUCAUGUCCAUUCUCAUCCAGCAGGCCAGAGAGGAAAUCUCACAUCUCAUCCGGAGGUUCCCGCAAACAGCAUAUAUUGCUGGAAGGAGCACCAGCACGGCUCUACGACAAGUCUUCAGUCACUGUCGUGAUGUACGACAAAUGACCCAAGGCGAACGACUGACUAUUCACCAACGUAAGGACGGUAGAGCUCAAGCACAGUGCUGUGGAGGACUACAGAUAAGCCUCGAUCUGUCGGCAGCUUUCGAUUUGUUGAGGUGGCAGCACAUCAAGGAAGCACUUGAUUUAGCAGGCACUCCUCUUUUCUUACAGGAGAUUCUCCUCACAUGGCUUGUUCAGGUGCGCUACAUCUUCUGGCACCGUGAUCAGUCCGAUGUGGUCACCCCUAAAUGGGGUUUGCGCCAAGGCUGUACCGCGUCUCCACUGUUGUGGUCAGCUUUUACAUCUCUGCUGUGUAUCACUCUAGAGGCCAAGCUGGGCGAUGGAUGGACGAGCAAACAUGCUACUUUGUACGCAGACGACAGCCACCUUCGCUGGAGAUUCUUCAGCUUUCCCAGUUUCGAGCACACCAUGCGGGAAGUUCGAAUUGCUCUCAAUGUCUUCAGGUCCUUCAAUCUCCAGAUCAACAUCGAGAAAACCAAAGCCAUCCUCAAGGUCGUUGGUACCAUGCGCACUCGGGUUUAUAAGGAGUACAUCCGCAAGACUGGCAAGGACACACCCGAUCGGCUACUACUUUCACCUCGGGAUCCCGAACAAUGGCUACCGCUGGUCCCCCAGACCGAGUACCUAGGACUCAUCAUAUCCUAUGGUGCGUUCGAGCUUCAAUCCCUCCGUCACAGAGUCUCCAAGGCUAACGGCCGGAGGUGGGCCAUGGCAUCAAUACUUCACUCCAAGAAGAUGGGAGUAGGCUACAAGCUUCAAUUCUGGCGCAGUUGCGUCUUGAGCAUCAUGACGUACGGGCUUCAUUGCUGUGGACUCACAGGUGAUCAAGCUCAAGAAGCACAACGAGCACAAAUGAAGCAUGUCAGAGCCAUUGUGAAUAGCCAGGCUCACUUAACGGGUGACACCCACGAACAGAUCAUGCAACGUUUCAACAUACCACACUUCGCUGAACUACUGCGACAUGCACAGGAACGCGAAGCCAGAGCAGCCGAUUUGCAUCAGGACUGGAUGUGGAGUGCAGACUGGCAACAAUAUCUACUACAACAACUGCUCACCAGGACAUCCGACCACACGCCGGACGAGGAAGACAACAUCUGGUCGUGCCCCAUUUGUGAGGCUUCAUUCACGAGUGCAGCUGCCUUGAAGACACAUGCCAGACGCACACACUCUAUUGUUGAAGAACAUCCCAUCGUCUUCAAUAAAGCUUUGCAUUCUGAAGGUGGAUUGCCUACAUGUAGUGGUUGCCACAAGAAAUUCUCCAAAUGGCAAUUCCUGGCACAUCACAUCAACCAGAACAGCUGUCCCAACAUGAUCCGACAGCCGGUGCCGGUCGACAAAACAGGUGAACUUCGAAACAUGCCUGUUGCAGCUGCAGAUGACAGCAUUUCCGCCACCAUAUGCCAACAGCCAGACGUGGUCCAAGCUUCUGAGAAGGGCAUCAACGCUUUCAUUCCUCUUAAACAUAUCACUACGGUCCUACGACAAACAUGUGGACUGUGUGGACAAUGGUGCUCAUCUCACCGCACCGUGAAAAUACACUAUCAGUAUUCACAUGCUGACCUGCUACAACAGCUCGGGGCGAACCACAUUAGCCAACUUGUGACUCGCACAGCUACGGCGAUGUUCGAGGAUCCGGACAUGAACGAGUUCUUCGGGGAAGUGAAGCAGGAGCCCACGGCCAAGCGCAGACGCCCCGAGGAGACUUCUGGCAAGUCACAGCUUCAGGCAGCGGGGGGGCGCAAGGACGAAUUGGUCAUUACUUUGGCAAGGCUGGCAAUCAAACAGGAGGAGGAAUUGCAGGUCCUGAAGCAGGACCACUCCUUCAUGCUGUUCAUGAGACCAGGCAAGGACUCGAUCUUGCAUUACCUCUUCCAAACAGCCGGAGUCUCCCACUUGGGGAUCGAGAUGGUGGAGAAGGACGAGGCCAAACGGAAGGAGGCAGUGGACAUGGGAUGGGUAACCACGGAAAUGAAAUGGAAAUUUCAGGUUUGGAACCCUCAGCUAAAAUGUCUUCAAGAAGACCGGGAGAGGCCGCCGAUGAGCACCCAGGACAUAAAGGCCCUGUUGGAACGUCUAUAUGCAGCGAUCAAAUGCGACAUCGUCACCAGGUUCAGUUGCACGAGAAGGUUAACCGAAACGAUGGAGUCUCAGGCCUCCUUCUACUUCGACCUCUCGAGCCGGGGCAAGGGGCAGGAAGCUUGGGAGAUCAUGCACACCUUGCAGGGCAGUUGCGUCCUGCAAUUGAUCGGCCUGGGCCGUCACAACGAAUGCGGAGACCUCCUCGCAUUCACUAUCUUCGAUGGGGAGCAGCGCUCAAUAUUUCAGACAGCUCCUUCAACAAGUCCCCAAGAUCAAGCAUCUCACUAA